AUGCAUGAAGAUUGGCUUAAAGGUAUUGACAAAUCUUUAAAAAAUCACAGUCAGUCUAUUGCUGACUACAAGAAAAGUAUAGAUUUUUUACAUAGUGCUAUGGACGUACAUGAUGGAAGCAUAGGGAACUUACUUAAUGCUAACAAUAACUUACCAGGAACUAUUAAAGCAUUUAUAAAGUCCUUUGUAAAACCUGGUGCUCUAACAUUUAGGUCUUUGAGAGCAAGAGCAUUGAAGUCAAGAGAUGCAGAAACUCCAACAGAACCUACAGAAGGAACUGAAACAACAGAAACUCCAGAAGAACCACCAAAACCAACAGCUAAUGAAAUAUUGUUCGAAUAUUUUCCAAGGUACUCUGUUCUCAUUGCAUACAUUCAAGAAAUACUUAAGAAAGCAGACUUGACUUUAGGAGAUGAUGAAAGUUCUGUAUAUCUUUCGUUCCAGUUUCAAAUAGCAGAACUUUUGAGACAGAUAUGCUUAAUGUAUGACAACAUCUCUGAUUUCACAAGAUAUGAUGACGACCAUGACCCCGAACACGGUGAAGAAGAAGUUUUACAAACAUCCAUUAAGACAGGAAAGGUUUUAACUCAAAGUCUCAUUAUUGACACCAAAGAUGGCGAAGUGGACGUUCUUCAAGAGCUGAAGAAAAAUACUUCUUCGGGAGGUGGUGGUAGGCAUGAACUUGAAAUAAAUGAGAUAGAAGAGAAAUUAGCCGAAAAAGCAGAUAAAAACCAUGUUCAUUAUAUAAGUUCAGACGAACAGAUUAUAACGGACUACCAUGGAUAUUUAACACAGGAUGAACAAAUAAGCACUGAAGAUGUUAAUGAAAGAAGAUAUAAAUUCAUUCGUGCUAAAGGUUAUGACAUACACUGUACUGUACAGUAUGACACAGGUAAAGCACCAGAAGCAUUUGGUUAUAACAAUGAAAUUUAUGCUUCAUACUUCUUUGUUAACGGUGUAUUAGUUGAACCAAGAUUUACAUUGAGAGUUAAGUCAAAAAUAACUUUUGAAGAUGCUAUUAAAAGUAAAGCUGACAAAGUUGAACUCGAAGCAAUGAAUAAAGUUUUGAAAUCUCAUAAACACAACAUCUCCGAUAUAAAUGAACUUCAAGCUACAUUAGACAGUAAAGCUGACAAGAACCAUACACAUGAAUCCUUCACUACUGUUAGAGCAGACGACAUAAUAUUGAACUAUACCCUUGGUUCAAGUGCACCUUUAGAGAAUCCAAGUACAAGCGUAAAAGAUACACUAAACUCCUUAAAUAGUAAAUGUAUGAACAUUGAAGGUCAUGUCAGAAACUUUGAAACAUAUAAACUACCAGCAAUGUUAGAUAAAAAAGCAGAUAAAGACCAUACACAUAACUCCUUCUCAACUGUUGCUAUAGAAAGUAUUGAAGGAACGGUUGGCGGAACUGGUGGGGAUGCAUUAUAUUAUAAACCUCCUAACUUUCCACAAGGUUUAACAUCGAAUGAAAACAUAACAACGAAGAAAGAAAUUAGCUGUAAAAAUGUUUAUGUCAUGGAUGAUGAAAAUAAUGUUAAAUUCACUGCUCAAGAUUUAUAUGAUAAGAAAGCAGACAAAACAGAGCUUCAAACAUUAAAGACUGAAAUACUUCAAACAUUAUAUCCUAUAGGCUCUAUUUAUACGUCAAUGAACUCAACAAAUCCAGAAACAGUUUUAGGUUUUGGUACGUGGAAGCAGAUUGUAGAUAAAUUCUUAUACUGUGCUAGAUAUUCAAAGCAAACAGGAGGUUCGAAGAAAAUUAAAGAAGCAAACCUUCCACCGCACACUCAUACAGGAACUACAAACACAACAGGUAAUCAUUCACAUUCAAUUACAAAAAGAGGUUAUACAAAUCUUGCAGCAGGUUCGGAUAGACAGGGAAUGAAUAGAUAUGAUAUUUCAAGUGACCCAGUAGAUUCAAGCGCAGGUAUUUUCUGUGGAACCACAGGAAAUCAUUCACACACUUUCACAACAAAUCCAACAGGCUCGGGUGCAGAUUAUAUGCCACCAUUUGUGACUAUAUUCGCAUGGUACCGCGUUCAUUGA